GAUCCCAACCCCUGGGUUGUCCCAGGAUGCUGGUGCCCCCAAUCACCUGGGCAUGCCACUUCCCUCACCACCCCGUCCCCAUCCCCUGCAGCAGCUACCACCACUACCUGCCCCAUCCUGUGAGCAGGAAGUCAGCCAUGCAGGUGUUCGGCCUGCGGAAGGUAGAUAAUUAGAAAUGGGGAAACUGAGGCAUGGAGCGACGUGGUCAUCCCAGGACCCACAGAGAAAAUGUGGGGCAAGCCAGGGCCAGAGCCCUUCUUCCUCUCUUCCCUUCUCCACCUCCUCCAACUCUGGAUUCAGCAGGCUGGAAAAAUGGAGCUGUCCCUUUAAGAGGAGCUGUCUAGACCCAUGGAAGGCAGGCUGGCAGGUUGCGGUCUGGGGCCUUGUCUGGGUCUGCCAGGCUCAUCAGCCAGCCUUCCUCCUGGAUCUUCCCUAGCUGGCAUCUGUGGCAAACAGCAGAGCAGCACUGAAUCAGCCAGACAACCAGAGGCACAGAUCUCAGUCUGGGAUGCCGUCUGGAGCCCAAGACACCAGUUGGGCAUUUUAACUGGGAAACUGAGGGAAAGAAGGAUCCUAAGAGACCACCUCUUUGUGUCUCAGAGGUUGGGAUUUGAGGUCCAGCCAGGAGCCUAUCCUGCUCCAUAACCUGCAGGGACCCUGCAGCUGUGACCCAUGGACUCCCCUGCCUGGCCCAACUUCCUGUGCUUGGGACCCACACACAGAGCAUAUCACCUAUGGAUUGGAGAAGGCCCACAUGGGGUCUAGAGGCCCCUCCUGGCUGUGGCUGCCCCAUCAGCUCUCAAUAUGUCCUCUAAAGAGACCCUCUGGACCAGAUGCAGUGGCUCACGCCUAUAAUCCCAGCACUUUGGGAGGCCGAGGCAGGCAGAUCACCUGAAGUCGGGAGUUCGAGACCAGCCUGACCAACAUGGAGAAACCCCUUCCCUGCUAAAAAUACAAAAUUAGCUGGGCGUGGUGGCACAUGCCUACAAUCCCAGCUACUCAGAAGGCUGAGGCAGGAGAAUUGCUUGAACCCGGGAGGCGGAGGUUGCGGACCUGGGCCUUGAGAGGACCCUCCUUCCUGAUAUCCUCUACAGAGAUGUGGCCUUCCUCAACCUGGUCGACCCCAUCUCCCAUGACCUGCUUGUGAACCUGGCCCGGGACCUGCAGUGCCCCAAGAAGCUGCCCAGAACCCCACUCUGAUGGCACCUGCAGAUGUCCUGCCAUGAGCAUCGACACAGCCCCAGGAUGUGUGGCUGUGACCAGCCACUGGACCCAGACUCCUAGUCACAGACUACGAGCUCUGGAAGUCCUCGGACAAGAUCUGCCGACAACUCAUCUACCACCUCACCCCUCACUCGAAGCAGCAGCAAGGGUCCAGCCUGCGCCAGAGGAAGACCCAGAGCUGGACGGUCCUGCCUCCUGCCAUUCACACGUCCCUCAAUCUCUGGCCUGUUACAAGACCUGGACACCCCACCCCUCCACCCAACAGCCAAGCCUCAAGAGCAGCCUCCAGAAAACUCUGCUGGCAGGGGAGACUGUGGACCUCUCAGGCAUCCCGCUGUCGACACAGGACGUGCAACACAUCACACGCUACCUGAGCACCCAUGGUGCUGUACUGGCAGUGCUGGACCUGAGCUUCACCGGGCUGAGUGAUGAGCUGCUGCACCUGCUGCUGCCCAGCCUGUGGGCGCUGCCCCGCCUCACCCAGCUCCUGCUCAACGGCAACCGACUGACACGGGCCACUGCCCGCAAGCUCACUGAUGCCAUCAAGGACACCACCAAGUUCCCUGCAUUGGCCUGGGUGGACCUGGGCAACAAUGUGGAUGUGGCUUCCCUGCCCCAGCCCCUGCUGGUCGGCCUGCGCCGGCGGCUGAGCCAGCGCACCUCACUCCCCACCAUCUACGAGGGCCUGGACCUUGAGCCUGAGGGUGGUGCGGCUGGGGCCACCACCCCUGCCUCCACCUGGCACUCUACAGCUGCUGGGCUGGGACCCGAGCCCCAGGCCUGCUGUGCCAGGUGACCCACCACCCACCUGGCUCAUUGCUACUGACUUGUGAUGCUCUCAAGCACAUGAUAGUGGGCGAUGAAGGUUGAGGAGGACUCACAGGCCCCCAGAGAUCCAGUGCAAAUGCUCAGCCUGAGAUUAAGGGGACAGAAGGAGAAUGGACUCAUAGGUGGCCAGGUGGCCAGCCCCAGCUAGAGGCUCAGCCUUCUCUCAGUGGGAGGGGCCCCAGCACCCACAGGGUGGACCCCGCAAUAAAGAGUGACACCCA